CGGCGCCCGGGCAGAGUCCUCACCUGGAGGGACAGGUGUGCUCAUCUCGCAUCUCCGAGAGGCCGGCCUGCGAGUGUCAGUGGAUCACUUUGUGAACUUCCUGGGGUGGCCAGCAUCUACUUUCGAGACAGUCACUUUGGUGGUCACCAGAAUCCCCUGGAUGCUUUGGAAGUGGUGAGAGUGAGUCAUGGAGCUGCGUGUGGGAAACAAGUACCGCCUGGGACGGAAGAUCGGGAGUGGGUCUUUUGGAGACAUCUACCUGGGUGCCAACAUUGCCUCUGGUGAAGAAGUUGCCAUCAAGCUCGAGUGUGUGAAAACGAAGCACCCGCAGCUACACAUCGAGAGCAAGUUCUACAAGAUGAUGCAGGGAGGAGUGGGAAUCCCAUCCAUCAAGUGGUGCGGAGCUGAGGGGGAUUACAAUGUGAUGGUCAUGGAGCUGCUGGGGCCCAGCCUCGAGGACCUCUUCAACUUCUGCUCCCGCAAGUUCAGCCUCAAGACAGUGCUGCUCCUGGCCGACCAGAUGAUCAGCCGCAUCGAGUACAUCCACUCCAAGAACUUCAUACACCGGGACGUCAAGCCUGACAACUUCCUCAUGGGGCUGGGGAAGAAGGGCAACCUGGUGUACAUCAUCGACUUCGGCCUGGCCAAGAAGUAUCGGGACGCCCGCACGCACCAGCACAUCCCCUAUCGGGAAAACAAGAACUUAACCGGCACUGCCCGCUACGCCUCCAUCAACACCCACCUGGGCAUCGAGCAAAGCCGUCGAGAUGACCUGGAGAGUCUGGGCUAUGUGCUCAUGUACUUCAACCUAGGGUCCCUGCCCUGGCAGGGCCUCAAAGCAGCCACCAAGCGCCAGAAGUACGAGCGCAUCAGUGAGAAGAAGAUGUCGACACCGAUUGAGGUCCUCUGCAAAGGCUACCCCUCUGAGUUCUCAACAUACCUCAACUUCUGCCGCUCCCUGCGGUUCGACGACAAGCCUGACUACUCCUACCUGCGCCAGCUCUUCCGCAACCUCUUCCACCGGCAGGGCUUCUCCUAUGACUACGUCUUCGACUGGAACAUGCUCAAAUUCAUGCGGCCCCCCUCAUGCCAGCCCCCCGCCCUUCCCUGUGGACGACCCCAGGACCAACUAGGGCGCGGCCCGGAACCCCGAGGAUGUGGACCGGGAGCGGCGAGAACACGAGCGCGAGGAGAGGAUGGGGCAGCUCCGGGGUUCCGCGACCCGGGCCCUGCCCCCUGGCCCACCCACGGGGGCCACCGCCAACCGGCUCCGCAGUGCUGCCGAGCCCACAGCUUCCACCCCAGCCUCCCGCAUCCAGCAAGCUGGCAACACUUCUCCCAGGGCGAUCUCACGAGUCGACAGAGAGAGGAAGGUGAGCAUGAGACUACACAGGGGUGCGCCCGCCAACGUCUCAUCCUCCGACCUCACUGGGCGGCAAGAGGUCUCCCGGAUUUCAGCCUCACAGACAAGCGUGCCAUUUGACCAUCUCGGGAAGUGAGGAGGAGCCACCAUCGGACCAGUAUUUGCUUAGUGUCUUCACUGUAUUUUCUUUUAAAAAACAACAACAACAACAAAAAGAUGGGGAAAAAAACCACUCAAAAGAACAAAAAGAAAAAAACCCAGCAUAAAACCGACGAUGGAUUUUGUUUCUUUUAUUUUUUUCCUCUUUUUCUUUCUUUCUUUCUUUUCUUUCUUUCUUUCUUUCUUUCUUUUCUCUUUCUUUCUUUCUUUCUUUCUUUCUUUCUUUCUUUUUCUCUUUCUUUCUCUCUUUCUUUCUUUUUUUUUUUUUUUUGCCAAUGGCAAGAAGAUGGGAUGCUUUCAGCACAGAGGAUUCUUGUCCCUAUGCGUUUCCCACUGUCCACAACCUUCAGGCUGCCAAAUGCUCCCCAGACACUGGGCUACAGGAGUCAGACGCCAUGGCCCUGCCCCAGCCAACACAGACACCGGCUGGACGGGGCUGUCUCUCUGCUGGAGAUGCAUCUGGUCCUCAUGGGCGGGCCAUCGAAAGGUGGCCCGAGGAACUGGGGGAAAGGUUUGGUUGGUGGGAGGCAGAUCCCACUGAGUGCUCUUGAGCCUCAGGACCCCAGGAGACACGCACAGCCCCUACUGCCCUGAAAUGACUGUGGCUGAAUUCCUGCAUUGGGCUUUUUCCAAUGUCCCCUGAGCGUUUGGGUCUCUUCUUUGCCUCUCCAAGAAGACUUUGAGGAAUGGGUGGCGAGGUGCUGGGGGCUGCGAUUCUCGUGUGCGUGUGUGUCUGUGUCUGUAGCUCCCGGGCAGCGGGUGCCCCGCUCCACCUGCCAGGCCGAAUUUCUAUUCUCCUAACAAGGACAUGGGGGUAGGCAGUGACUCCCAUGUCCCUCAAGGGCAGAGGGCCCUUGCCACUCCCGACCCCCAACUGUCAUCAGCCUGUGGCAGCCCCCACCUCCCCUUCUGGGUCUUAGGGCAGAAUCCAUGGAGACUACUUCCAGAAAGCAUCCGGUUCCUGGGUUAUAAAUUAAUUCUCCAGUCCCAAGGCACCUGGGGCCCCACCCUCCCUGGGUUCUGCCUCUUGAGGAGCAGCCUGGGGUCAGGGCUGGGCCCUGGAUUUAUCCACCCCUCCUAGGUAACACCCCAUUUUUACUUUAUUUUUGUUUGUUUUUCUCUGUGUGUGUGUAUUUCCUAAUUUAUUUACCUCUUUUCCCCCUUUUUUUCUUUUUCUUUUUUUUUUUUAAUUAAAGAGCAAAGCUUUUUAUUACUUUGUAAUUUAAAAAACUGAAAAAAAAAAUACUGAAGAACUUUGGGGGGAAUUUUGUACUUUUUUCCUGUGUAAAUAUUGGACUUUUUUGAGCUUUAUUGUGGUUGUUAAUUUGAAGUAAUAAAGUAGAAAAGGAUAAAGUGA